UCGUCAAAGAAAAUUGGGAAAACAAGCAAUUGCUAGUCAGAGUGGCUUAAUGGAGAUUAUUUUGGUCUUUAAUUAACCAGCUUAUAUGCUACUCUAUUGUGCUUAAUUGGUCUUUAUCAACAGAGACUUGAACAUCAAUUGGUGCAUUGCCGCCUUUUCUUGUGUAUAUAUUGUUGGCUGAUCGAUGAAUAUAAAGCAUAAUUACCCUUCUUUGAUUUGUAUUUUCUGCUACAAUUAUUAGAGAUCCUUCCUCAGUUAUACCCAACAUGGGAAAGAAACUAAGAGCUUUGCUGGGAAAAAACUUCAAGACCUCCAAAUUUAAAAACCUGACCAAUUCUGCUAUUUCAAGGAUUGCUUACAUUGAGAAAGAGCACAAAGUCAGGUGUUCCCAAGCACAUGCAGACGUUCUUGAGCUCCUCAAUAUCGGUCAGCAAGAACGUGCUCUUCUUCGGGUUGAGCAUGUGCUUAGGGAGCAGAACAUGUUGGAUGCUUAUGCUAUGAUAGAAAAUUACUUCUAUCUCCUGCUGGAAAGGGUGGUGUUUCUUGAAAAUAAUAAAAAAUGUCCUGAUGAGCUCAAGGAAGCGAUUUCAAGCCUGAUAUUUGCGGCAUCGAGAUGCGGAGAAUUGCCAGAGCUGCAAAAGAUUCGUGAGUUGUUUACAUCAAGAUUUGGGAAGGAAUUUGCUACUUGUGCUGUUGAAUUACGCAACAACUGUGGUGUGAAUCCUAAGAUUGCAAAGAAACUGGCAACCCGGCAACCAAGUUUGGAUAGAAAAUUGAAAGCACUGAAAGAAAUUACUGCAGCAAAUGAAACCAGCCAGCAGCAGAAGCUGUACGUGGACAAGCAGGAAGAGCAGCCCAAAUCUAUUGAAUCAGGAGAAUCAUCAGCUGAUCCUCAACUGCAAGAUGAUAUGCAAGAUUUUCUUGUGAGGCUAAAACAGGAUGAGAACUUCUGUGAAACAGCAAAAGCAAGAAAGAAGUACAAAGAUGCUGAGGCUGCAGCCCAAGCAGCUCUUCAAUUUGCAUCUCAUGCGGCAGCUGCUGCUAGAGCCGCUGUGGAGCUGUCAAAGCCUCACAACGGAAAUUCUGCAUCCCAAAACAGUUCCACUCAUGGAAAGCAUGCUUUCCAUUUUGAUGAAUCUCUCUUGAUCUCUGAAAUUCAUGUUGAUGCCAAAGCAGUUUCGAAGGAGAAGAAGCACAGGAAUGAUGGUUUAGAUUCUGUGAAAAUCGGGGAUAGUGAUAUCUUAAACUCCAAAACAAAAAGUAAAAAAGUUGCAGAAGACAAAUGCAGCGGCCAUCUUGAAGAAUCUGGAGAUAGAAAGAAGAAAGCCGAACUUGAGAGAGGCAUUGUUAAGAAUGAUGAUGGUGCUAGAAAGAAACAGAUCAAUGAAACAGCACUGUUAAAAUCUUAUUUUGGUGGGGAAUCUAGCCUGAGAACAAAAUCCGACUUCGAUAGAGGUUUAUCUUAUGAGAAUAAAGAUGACCUUACCUACAAAUCUCCAAAGGAAAACCUGCUUAUACAAAAGAAGGGACGAGGCCACUUUCCAUGAGGGCCAGAAGAAUGCAUAGGCAUUAAGAGUAUUCCUGUUACAGAGAUUUUCAUGUAUACAGUGUGAUUGUUUACUCAUAUGCAGUCAGGCAUUUUUGUUUCUUAUUUUUUUAAAUUUUCAUGGUGUGAUUGUUAGUAUUGUUUUUGCCUUUUUGGUGAGAAAAUGGAUUUCCCUUCAUAAAUUUCCAA